AUGGAACAUCAGCGGGGUUCAGGCGCUCCAGAGGGUGUGGUGUCGGGUGUGCUGACCCCUCCCGUCAGGAGGAACAGUAAAUUGGCCAGUCUGGGACAGAUCUUUAAACCCUGGAAAUGGAGGAAAAAGAGGAACGGCAAGAUCCAACAGAACUCCACAGCUUUAGAGCGGACCCGGGAUGAACUGGCCAAUAGGGGCCUAGAGGGGAUUGAACCAGAGUUUUGUGAGGCGUGUGGGGGGUUAGAAGACCCUGACACUCCCAGCCAAUCUGACGCAGAGGAGAGAGAGGAGGAGGAGCCUUUGGCGCCCCUGGCAACCACCUCAGAGUACCUGGUCAGCGAUGAAGACAACCCAUCUACAGCUGUUGAUCUGACAGAAGACACUUUGACAGUGGCGGACCAGAGUGAGGACGGAGGGGAGGAGGACACUUCCCUCUGUGAGCCCUGUGUGGAAAGCUUUCUGGUACAGGCUGAGACAGGAGGGGGGCAGGAGACACCUCACCCCAUGGACCCCCCAUGGGACCUCCCACACCCCAACCUACCCAAACUACUUACCAGGCUGGGCAGCCUAGAGGGUCCUCACCCCUUCCCUAAGUCGGAUCCUAACCUAGAGAGGAAGAAGUCUCCAGCCACUCUACCCAGGAACUUCACUUUGCCCAGGACUACCCAGGGUUCUUUGCUGCGAGGACGGAUCUCCACCCCUACCGGUUCCCCUCACCUGGGGGCACUGCGACCCCCACCGCCCCCCAGCUGUAUUAUAGAGGAGCUACAUCGGGCCCUGGCCACCAAACACAGACAGCACAGUUUCCAACCGAAGGAAAUGAGCUCUUCUCCGAAGCUUCGAUACGACAGUCGUCUGUCGCGUACAGCCAGCGUGGAGAAAGUCCCAACCGGAGGGAUGGAGAGAGAGAAGGAGAGAGAGAAGGAAUCAGAUGAGAACAAGGAGAACAGACGUCUAGAUGAAUUCUACAACGACCCUGACCGCUGGAAUGACUCUGUCAUCUCCGGCACCCUGCCGCGACGGAUGCGUAAGGAGUUGUUAACGGUGAAGCUUCGUAACCGUCCCAGUCAGCAGGAGCUGGAGGACAGAAACAUCUUCCCUGUUCGCUCAGACCUGGAGAGACAGGAGACACGACAGCACAUAGAGACCAAGCUGGCCAAGCGGCUGAGCCAGAGACCCGCGGUAGAGGAGCUGGAAAGUCGGAACAUCCUCAAACAGAGGAACGACCAGUCAGAGCAGGAGGAGAGGAGAGAGAUCAAACAGAGACUCAACAGGAAGUUGAACCAGCGUCCUACAGUAGAUGAGUUGAGGGACAGGAAGAUACUGAUUCGUUUCAGUGACUAUGUUGAGGUGGCCAAGGCUCAGGACUACGACCGCAGGGCAGACAAACCCUGGACCAGGCUGUCUGCUUCAGACAAGGCAGCAAUAAGGAAGGAGCUGAAUGAGUUCAAGAGCAACGAGAUGGAGGUUCACAAUUCCAGCAAGCACCUGACAAGGUUCCAUCGACCGUAGUGUAGAGGUAGUUUCUUCUGUGAAGAAGCAGCAGUGUAGACCAUGUGACAGUCUCCUGUUCCCAGGCCCAGUCUCCUGUUCCCAGGCCCAGUCUCCUGUUCCCGGAUGUUCGACCUACAGAUUUCUGUCUGUCUCUCUACCAACAUGGAGGAGCUGUCUGUCUCUCUGUGUGUCACAAUGGAGGCUAUGUCUCUAGAGCUGGAGCCCAGGAAAUAUAAAAUCAGACUGAUAAACUCUUAAAGGAACUAUUAACACGUCAAUGUGUGCUAUUUCCUGGAUGUCAUCCAAUGAGAAAAAGACUCCUGGAUGCCAUCCAAUGAAAAAAAGACUCCUGGAUGCCAUCCAAUGAGAAAAAAAACUCCUGGAUGCCAUCCAAUGAGAAAAAGACUCCUGGAUGUCAUCCAAUAAGAAAAAGACUCCUGGAUGCCAUCCAAUGAGAAAAAAGACAAAUGAAGAAGACGGCACCACUUACUAGUUCACAAGUCGUUUCUCUCAAUUCACUCCAAGCCAGCAGUCUGAACGAAUCAGACACAAACAUAAAGGAUAAUAAGACAUUUACCUUUAUUUUUACACUUUAGUCAUUAAACAAAUGCUCUUAUUCAGACUUACAGGAGCAAAUAGGGUUAAGUGCCUUGUUUUACCAGCAACCUUUCAGUUACUGGCCCAAUGAUCUUAACCGCUAGGCUACCUGCCGCCAGAUAAAGGUUCAAACGGAUGAGACAUCCCAUCCCCCUCAAACUGCUGGUGUGGAAUAAACUGAUAGAAAUGAUGGCGUCUGUGAGUGCUGGUCGUCUUGUUUCGUAGUGGAGUUGGAUCGUUUGGAUUAGUCAAAAGGGAGGAACUAUGAAGAGCCUUCAUCUUAGCCCAGUGGAACCAGCCCAAGGGGAGGAACUAUGAAGAGCCUUCAUCUUAGCCCAGUGGAACCAGCCCAAGGGGAGGAACUAUGAAGAGCCUUCAUCUUAGCCCAGUGGAACCAGCCCAAGGGGAGGAACUAUGAAGAGCCUUCAUCUUAGCCCAGUGGAACCAGCCCAAAGGGAGGAACUAUGAAGGGCCUUCAUCUUAGCCCAGUGGAACCAGCCCAAAGGGAGGAACUAUGAAGGGCCUUCAUCUUAGCCCAGUGGAACCAGCCAUAAGGGAGGAACUAUGAAGGGCCUUCAUCUUAGCCCAGUGGAACCAGCCCAAAGGGAGGAACUAUGAAGAGCCUUCAUCUUAGCCCAGUGGAACCAGCCCAAAGGGAGGAACUAUGAAGAGCCUUCAUCUUAGCCCAGUGGAACCAGCCCAAAGGGAGGAACUAUGAAGAGCCUUCAUCUUAGCCCAGUGGAACCAGCCCAUAGAGAAGAACUAUUGUAGAAAGGCUAGAAUGAUACGUGGAGUGAAACAGAAUGGUGAAGGCAACGAUCAGACUUGUUUCACCAGGGUACCUCCAACCUGCUCAGAGACAGGGAUCAGACUUGUUUCACCAGGGUACCUCCAACCUGCUCAGAGACAGGGAUCAGACUUGUUUCAUCAGGGUACCUCCAACCUGCUCAGAGGAAACAUAUUUUCUCCUUCAGAGAAACAUCUGAACAUUUUGUCUCAUAAACUUGUUUCUACAAGUCAGGGGAUGGAGGAGACGCCAGGUUACGUCUCAAAUGGCACCCAGUUCCCUAUAUAGUGCACUACUUUAGACCAGGGUUCCCUAUAUAGUGCUCUACUUUAGACCAGGGUUCCCUAUAUAGUGCUCUACUUUAGACCAGGGUUCCCUAUAUAGUGCACUACUUUAGACCAGGGUUCCCUAUAUAGUGCACUACUUUUGACCAGGGCCCUUAUGGACACAGACCUUGAGGAGGUCAUUUCUAUGUCAUGGGACAGAAGAUACCAGGUCGUGUCUGCCAUACUUUUUUCAUAACAGACUCUUUGAAAGCAUUUACGAACAAUGGCCUUGGAAACACUAGCAGAGGAGAGAUGUGGAAAGAUGAGGAGAGAAGAGGAGAGAUGUGGAAAGAUGUGUAGAGAAGAGGGGAAAUGUGGAGAGAUUAGGGGAAAUGAGGGGAAAUGUGGAGAGAAGAGGAGAGAAGAGGAGAGAUGGGAGGAAAUGUGGAGAGAUUAGGGGAAAUUAGGGGAAAUGUGGAGAGAUUAGGGGAAAUUAGGGGAAAUGUGGAGAAGAGGAGAGAAGAGGAGAGAUGGAGAGAGAUGAGGAGACAUGUGGAGAGAAGAGGAGAGAAGAGGAGAGAAGAGGAGAGAUGAGGAGAAAUGAGGAGAGAUGUGGAGAGAAGAGGAGAGAUGAGGAGAGGUGGAGAAAUGAGGAGAGAAGAGGAGAGAAGAGGAGAGAUGAGGAGAGGUGGAGAAAUGAGGAGAGAAGAGGAGAGAUGAGGAGAGGUGGAGAAAUGAGGAGAGAAGAGGAGAGAUGAGGAGAGAUGAGGAGUGGUGGAGAAAUGAGGAGAGAAGAGGAGAGAUGAGGAGAGAAGAGGAGAGAUGUGGAGGAAUGUGACCAAGAGCCCUUCCCUCUCCCCUCCUUUCCAGUAAUGCUAGUUGGGCCUUUCCUCUUCUCUCCUUUCCAGUAAUGCUAGUUGGGCCUCUCCUCUUCUCUCCUUUCCAGUAAUGCUAGUUGGGCCUUUCCUCUUCUCUCCUUUCCAGUAAUGCUAGUUGGGCCUCUCCUCUUCUCUCCUUUCCAGUAAAUGCUAGUUGGGCCUUUCCUCUUCUCUCCUUUCCAGUAAUGCUAGUUGGGUCGCUAAAAUGUCUGGUAAAUUUCCCCAAAUUCCCUGGCUGGAGAAUUUCCGGAAUAAUUUUGCGACCCUCCAUGUUAUUCUCCCCCCAGUACCCAGGCAUCUGUCUCUGUGAGCUGGACUGCAGGGAGUCUCAUAACAAGUUGUUAAUUCAUCAUCAUCAUCAUCAUCAUCAUCAUCAUUAUUAUUAUUAUGUUAUGCUGUUGGCAAGAGGAAACCAUGUCUGUCUGAACACCCUUUGUAAACACUAGUAUUAUUAUCUGCACAAUACAAGU